AUGGAGCUGGAGGUCUGGGUGGAGGCAGUGAACCAACUUGGAGCAGCAGAGUCUGUGCACCUCAGAAAAGAAGCUCAGCACUUCUCUGUGUGGAGGAGGAACACUUUUUUACCUUUAGCUUGCGGUUCUCCUCUCCAGGAUCCUGAAUUCCCAAAUGGGAGGAUAACGAGAUUUGACGUGAAGGUUGAAAAGCAGAGGGACAGAGCGUGGAACCAAAGCGGGGGCUGGAAGAGCGUCCUGGUGAACCGGUCUGAGGCAGAGGAGGGGGAGACGAGCAUCACUCUGCUGGAACAGAUCUCUCUGUCUAACCUGGAGUCGGUCAAGGUCUCCGUGGUGGCCGUCAACUCUUUGGGGAGGUCUCCAGAGGCCUCCUUAAUCCUCCCUGUCAAACUACCGGACCACGCCCGUGUGGAGGAACUAAAGGUGUGGCCCCACGAGGGCCAGCUGGUGGUGGAGUGGAAACCCCUCCGCAACAAAUUGCUGUCGGGGUAUGUGGUGGAGUGGCUGAGUGACGGCAGGCUGGACUGGCGGCGAGUGAUCAAGACGAGCAACCGCACACUCACAGGGAGGCUGGAUCCCUUCGUGUGCUACACCGUUUCCGUCUAUCCCGUGUUCUCCAGAGGGAUCGGGAAGCCGGUUCAGAUGUUGGCUUAUGUGGAACAAGGAGCUCCCCUGCGGGGCCCGACCGUCAAGCUGAACGGGAAACCCGGACACAACGAGGCGGAGCUGGUGUGGGAGGAGAUCCCUCUACGGGACCGACGAGGCUUCAUGAACAAGUACACCGUCUUCUACAAAUUGGGGGAGGAGAUUCGAGAGGUGCCCGUGCCCGCCAACUCCACGUUGCUUAAGUUGGAGUCUCUGAUGGAGGACUCCCUAUAUGAGGCGUGGGUGCAGGCCUCCACCGCGGCCGGCUCUACCAACGGCUCUCACCACUCCUUCAUCACCAUGAAAUAGUCAGACGCUGGCUGAAUGUGGACGUUUCUUUACUGUUGGACGGUCUCUACGUGUACGGACGUAGAACAUUUCAGCUGAUGAGGGAAGCAGCUUCAAAUAUUACCUCACUUGCUCCAAAAAUUGAUUAGUUGAUUCAUGAUUUUUCCUAAUGUUACAUAAUUUUGCACAUAUUUUUAACUUUUGAUGCUUGAUCAUGUUUUUUGCUAUGAAAAUUUCUGAAACAGUGUUAUGUCUAUUUUACUGAUUUAGUAUUAUUUUUUAAUCAUAUCAAUGACUUUUAUAAGUAACAUAAUCUGCAUAUAUUUUGGAUAACUGAUCUGCAUUUACCAUGUUGAUUUCUAAAAGUUAUUUUUUACAUAAUUUAAGUAAUUCAUCUUUGUCAUGCAUGUGCUUUAUUGAUACUUCAGGAUUCUUAAUUCUGUCUGAUAAAAGUUAUAAACCGGAUAAUGAUAAAUCAUGUAAUAAAAUGGUUACAUUAGAACCGGGGAGGGACUAUAUAAAUUCACUUCCUUCCAAUCACUUUCAAGCAAUCUUUAUUAAUAUGUCUAAUUAUCCAAA